UCUGAAGGAGCUUUCGAGACAACAGAUGGAAAAGUUUACUUCACUGACCAACAGUUCAUUAUAGAACAUCUCAUUGACUUAGAGUCGAAAUAUUCUAAACUUUACAACAAACACAAAAAGUUGAAAGGAAAACAAAAACAAAUGGCAUAUGAUAUUUAUGAAGAUGUUGACGACACAACCAUACCUGCAAGUGAGGUAAAGUCAGAGGAACCGAAAAGUGACGAAAAACCGAUAGAAGAAGGGAAGCCACAAACUGAAGAAAAACCAAAACCAAAGGUUAGUUUCCAAACUAAACCAAGUCAACCUUCAUUAGCUGGUAUGGGUUGGCGUCAAAGACUUAUGGUAUCAGGCGGUUACGUAAAGUAA